AUGGUGUUUCACAAAACUCCGACCAGCGUCAUCGGCCCCGAAGACACAAUCAUCCGCCCGAAAGAGGUGCAACGGCUUGACGCCGAGGGUGAGAUGGUGGUGGUAAUCAAAGACACCUGCAAGAACGUUUCCAAAGAAGACGCCCUCAACCACGUGCUGGGCUACACCUGCGGCAACGACGUCAGCGCCCGAGACUGGCAACAGAGAGACCGCCAGGAGAACAACUCGGACUGGUGCGAGCCAAGUCCGCAGACACCUUCUCGCCCAUGGGUCCCUGGAUUGAAACCGAUGCAGCGCCGGACAAACAGCAUCUGA